AUGGAGUCGUCGCCGCUCAUAAAGGCGCACGACCACGCGCGCGCUGCCGCCGUCGCUACUCGCCAGUCUUCAUCCUCUGAUACCACCGUGGCCAUCAGCGAGCACACCCUGGCCGCCGGCGAGUUUGCCAAUGCCGCAAAGGCGACCUCCAGCGUCGAGGCGCUCCGGACUUUGAAGCUGCUCGAGGAGCACCACCGGAAGCUGGCCGAGAUCCUCAAGCUGCCGCCGGAGCAGAUGCCGCACGCCCGAGACGGAGAGCUUUCGGAGAAGACGCACUCCGAGAAGGCUGAUGGCGAUGCCCUCGGCCUGGACGCUACGCGAGAUUCGCUCCAGGCCGCGGCCGCCAAAGGCGCUCAGCCGCCCGGCCUGGCCCAGCGCCGCUACAUGGGCCGCGAAAUGUCGUCGUCCAUCGCCAGCAACCUCGCUUCCGCCAGAGGCAUCCGCUCCAAGGACCGCACCCAGCCGCUCAGCCCCAGCGUGUCCAACGACCAGGCACCCGGCAAUGUCGACCCCCAAGCGAAACGCGAUGCCUCCAAGGCCAAGAUGCAGAACAUCAUGGACCGCCAAACCGGCCGCCCUACUUGGGUCCCGCCUGUAACUGCUGCGUCCAAGCAAGACGGCGUUGCGGCCAAGGGCAGCGCGUCUCCCAAGGUCGAGCCUGGCUCUCCCGCAAGGGACGAUGGUGGCUACGCCCGCUUCUACAAUACUUUCGGGAGUCUGAUCAACAAAAUCUCUGCUCCCCUCGCUUUCGCUGGUCUGCCGCUCAUCCAAGAGGAACCUGCCCUUCCCACUGAAUCUGCCGUGCUCCCCCCUACUGUCAAUCUGUCCCCUACCAAGCCGUCUCGUGCCCGUGUCUCCCCAUCUUCUAGCGUCGAACCGGAUCUUUCCAAGAUUUACUCAAAGGCCACCAUGCGAGCUCUCGUCCGAGAUGGCCAUACUGCUGCUGAUUCGUUCUACGUUGUUCCCUCUACCGGUCAUACCAUGUCCUAUGCCAACAUUCUGAGCUACGCUGAAAAAGAAAAGCGCCGGCUGGAAGCUUCGAUCCAUGGCGAUAUCUUGCCUCACGAUGAAGAUGACGAUGACUUUGUGGACGCCCGUGAAGCCCCUGGUUCUAUAAACCCCAGACGACGUAUUGCCCGUAGCCACACUGAAAAGGAACUCUUCAACACCAUCGAGGAACUCAGCCUGGAAAACAAAUCGCUAAAGGACAUGCUUGACAAACUCUCGAAGCGCCUCCACACGUUCGAAGCCAGCGCCCAGAGCUCUGCUCUUGCUCUUGCUGAAAGCUAUCGCAUCAUGCCUGCUGGGUCGCAGCAUUCCGGGGGGAGAGUGAAUGACGAUGAGUUGAUACGGAAGAAUCACGAGCUGGAGGAACAAAUUGCCGCAAUGACGAAGCACAUGGAACGCCUUGAGAAGGACAAUCGUAAGCAGCAAAAGACGCUGGAGAAGUACCGUGAGAAGUGGGAGACGUUGAAGGCUGGAGCCAAGGCUCGGCGCGGAGCGCAAGUAUCGGCUGAGAGCGUGGAGGAUGCUCGCUCGUCUCAGGGGUGA